CUUCCCUGGGAUUUCAUUUCGGGGGGAGGGGGGUGCGCGCAGAACAGAAAGCAAGAGAAAAGAUCCGCCAUAUUCCUGCCUUACCACGCCCGGAGAGCUGAGCUACUGAAAUCCGUCUGGCUGCACAGUAUAUGCACCAGUCUCUGCCUCCCCCCCCCCGCCUCCCGCGGUACCCACCCCCGUUUCUUACACCAAAGGAAAGGCGGAACCGAGAAAGGAAGAGCUGGCCCUCCCUGGCUGUCGCUGCCGCCGCCUUCGAAGACAAGCAAGCGCAGCCAUCUCUCUCUCUCUCUUUUUUUUUCCCCCCCCCUCUUUCUUUCUUUCUCCCCCCCCCCUCCCUCUCUCUUCGCCCUCAGGCUCCCUAGCGAGGGAAGUUGACUUUCCAAGAAGCAGUCCGGAGGGUUUCUCGGGAUCAGGGCAGAAGCCGUGUCUCCUGCGCGGGACGCUUGGGGGCCGCCGCGUUCGGGAAAAGGCAGCGGGGGGGUGGGGGAAGCGGGGAGAAAGCGAAGGAAAUGGACGGGCUCGGAGCGGAGGGCGGCUUCGGGCGCAGCCGUUAGGGCUUCCAGGCGGAGAAGGGAAGAGCCGCGCGGUUUGCCAGAGGGUCGGGAGGGGAAGCCGAGAGGCGGCGGCAGCGCAGGAAUAGAGGGAGGGGUAGGAAAGCGGGGUUGUUUGCAAGCAGGACGCUUUUUGCUUUCUGCCGGGCAGCGCGCUUGCUGCUGCUGUUGCUGCUGCUUCUGCCUGGGCGGAUGUUUCUCCGCGGUUUGGCGCAGGAUUGAAGGGAGACGAGGACUCGGAAGCGGCCAGGGUUUCCAAAGGCAGGCUUGGGGGGGAUUGUAGGUGGGGGAUACCUGCCCGGGGCGGGGGGCACGUCGCGGAGGUGCCCGGGCGUCUCCGCGUGUUAGCAGCCAGAGUUCUCCCCGGGGCUCGCCUUGCCUUUGCCCGCGCCUGCCGACGGGAGGGGCGCUCCGACUGAGGAGCGGGAGGGCUUUCUGGCGCUCGCGGCUUUGUGGCUCGGGGUCUGCGUGUUUUCGGGGGGUGGGGGGGGCUGCGCCUGAACCAGCUCGGAAGAAUGACUCUGGAGUCCAUCAUGGCGUGCUGCCUGAGCGAGGAAGCCAAGGAAGCCAGGCGGAUCAACGAUGAGAUCGAGAGGCAGCUCCGCCGAGACAAGCGGGACGCCCGCCGAGAACUCAAGCUGCUCCUGCUGGGUACAGGAGAAAGUGGCAAAAGCACAUUUAUCAAACAAAUGAGAAUCAUUCACGGUUCAGGAUAUUCUGAUGAAGACAAAAGAGGGUUCACGAAGCUUGUGUAUCAGAAUAUAUUUACAGCAAUACAGUCUAUGAUCAGAGCUAUGGAUACACUCAGAAUCCCAUACAAUUAUGAGCAUAAUAAGGCCAAUGCACAACUAGUUCGAGAAAUUGAUAUAGAGAAAGUGUCCUCAUUUGAGAAUCCCUAUGUAGAUGCAAUAAAGAGCUUAUGGAAUGAUCCUGGUAUUCAAGAAUGCUAUGACAGACGACGGGAAUAUCAGUUGUCAGAUUCUACUAAAUAUUAUCUUAACGAUUUGGACCGCAUAGCAGGCCCUGGAUAUCUACCCACUCAACAAGAUGUUCUUAGAGUUCGAGUUCCAACUACAGGAAUCAUUGAAUACCCAUUUGACUUACAAAGUGUUAUUUUCAGAAUGGUGGAUGUGGGGGGUCAGCGAUCGGAACGAAGAAAAUGGAUACACUGUUUUGAAAAUGUCACCUCCAUUAUGUUUCUAGUAGCUCUUAGCGAAUAUGAUCAAGUACUUGUGGAGUCAGACAAUGAGAAUCGAAUGGAGGAAAGCAAAGCACUAUUUAGGACAAUUAUCACAUAUCCCUGGUUCCAGAAUUCUUCAGUCAUUCUAUUCUUAAAUAAGAAAGACCUUUUAGAGGAGAAAAUAAUGUAUUCACAUCUAGUUGACUAUUUCCCGGAGUAUGAUGGACCUCAGCGAGAUGCACAGGCAGCAAGAGAAUUUAUCUUGAAGAUGUUUGUUGACCUGAAUCCUGAGAGUGAAAAAAUUAUCUACUCCCAUUUCACGUGUGCCACAGACACAGAGAAUAUCCGCUUCGUCUUUGCUGCUGUCAAGGACACUAUCUUACAGUUAAACCUGAAGGAGUACAACUUGGUCUAACUGUGCCUCUUAGAUCUCUAUCCACCCACUUCGGGCAAUUGAAGAUAUUGAAGAGGGACUGUAUUAUCUGUGAAAAUGAUCUGCGUAAUACUAAUUUAUUGCUGGCCUGGACUCUGUUAAUAUUUGCAGAGUUUGUAGUUAAAUAUUACAAUUUUAUUUAAACUUUACAGAGGAAAAGAAACAAAAGAUGCUGAACUACAUUCACAGCUCAUUUCCUCUUUUUUUAAGUCAAAAUUUUGUGACUUAAUGUGUUCUAAAUUCUCAGUUGUGCACUCACAAAACGAUAGGGGUUUGGGUUGAUUUUUUGUUGUUGUUGUGAUUGAAGCAAAAUCAAGUUGGGCUCCCCCUCCUCUUGUGUCUGCCUGUGUCUGUCUUGAUUUAUUUUUUUCAGGUACAAUACCUAUCCCCACAAAUUUAAUUUUCAGGUAUCCUUCUUAGAUUGGUGGGGAGGGGGGGGGAACCUGUCACUAGAAUUUAAGCCAUCAGAAACUACUUUUGUGAAGGAUCAGAUCUAUUGAUGUUCUGAUUUUAUUUAAUUUUUGGCAGAUGUAAAGUAUACCUACCUUUCAGUAUCAACUUUGCACUGAAGGAAUGUUGUUCUUUGGGAAUAUUAAUAGCAGUGUUAUAGAUUUUUAUCCAUAACAGUACCAUAGAAAAAUCAACAAACUACAUAGAACACAGCAACAAAUUACUGAGAAAGGGCAUUUUUGAAGCAGAUUAGCUUUGAUCUGAACUUGCCAUUUACUCUCUUCCAAAACCAAUUUUUUUUUGGGGGGAACCCUCCUCCUUCCCCCUUUUUUUGCUUCUUAAUCAAGAUGCCAAAUAUAUACCAAGGAGAUAUUAUACCCUAAAACCUCUGUUUUGAUUAGUUUUUAAAUUAAGCAGACUAUCUAGAUUUCUCAUCCCAAUUUCAGAUUUUUAAAAAUUAUGCAGAAACUUAUUGGCCAGAUUUGGCUCUUUUCUUCUUAUAAACAUAGUGAUUACAAAAUAUAAGAUGGUGAUUUAAGAUACCAAAUUAACUGAUUGGGAAUCUCUUCCAGACAACUGCCAAAUAUUAAAGCAAUGAGAUUUUAGCUUUUUUGUUUCCUCUUUGUACUGAAAAGCAUUCCAUUUCUCAAUGCCAAGCUUCCCCCCAUAACAUUAUGAGUAAAAAAAAUGGUGCUACAUACAUAUGCAUAUGGCCUAAUUGAAAAACAGUUUUAAUACUGUAUCUAAAGUGCUAUAAGAUUGGACACUGUUCUUAUUUUCCUUCUUUAUUAAGGCACUUUUAAUGGGAAAAAACAAAAUAGCUAAAAGAGAGAGAGAGAGAGUACAUAUAAAGUUAUAUUUGUGUGUGAAAUGACAAAAUGGAAGGUUAAACCUAUAUAUAAUUGUUUGAGAACAAGUCCAGUGGAUUCAGAAGAAUGGUUUUUGAGUAAAUAUAUCAAUUUUAAUAAUAGAAGGGGGGGAACCCACUAUGCCUGUUUUGGUGGAUUUUCUCACUCUGCCUCUCUCCUCUUCUCUCUCUUUAUUUUGGACUGAAAUAAGAUUUUUAAAGUUUUGUGUAAAACAACUCUGUAAAUAAAAAUUGUCAGUUUGGAAAAUUGUACACGAGGUAGAAAAGUCAGAUAUGAAAUUCAACUAAUUUUUCUAAAAGGUAAUUUUUGCAGUUCUAGGUUUAAAAUAAAUUAUCUGCAUUAUACUUUGGGGCAACAGAGGACACAAUGAAUGCGAUAAAUUACGACUAAACCUCAAGUGUAGGAGCAAUCUGCCAAGCUUUAGUAUUACUGGCACAAGGGCCAGAUUCCCAGUAUAACAUUCUUAAAAUAAGGCUUCAUGGAUAAUCUACACCAUAUUACUAAUAAGAUUUCAUUGAUCCUUAAUUCGUUCUAUUAGAAUUGAUGAAAACUUGGAUUGCUUUUGUUCCCUAAUCUUGAAAUCUUGUAAUUUUAAAAUAGUAGGCCUAGUGCAAUUAUGAAUGCUAUAAUCAUUGUGAGAUAUGUAUACGUAUAUGUAUACGUAUCUCACAGCAUCCAUACUGGCUUUGUAAUCAUUUUGGGCAGAUUAAAUGUGCUGUAUUGAUAUGUAUCUAUGUAACUGUAAUGUAUGUCUUACAGAUAAUUCACAAUUUAAAUAAUGUUAUUUUAUUUACUUUUUUAACAGAGAAGAAUGUACAUUUUGUCAGUUUAUUUCUGACUAGGAUUUUUUUUUUUAAAAUCUACAAACAGUUAUUAUAGUUCAGAGUGGUACUAGCGUCAUGCAGUAUAAAAAAAUCAUUUGCACUGCCCUGAGUUAAAAUUGGAAUGGAUACUCACGUGCACAUGCAUACACACAGAGGAAUUUAAGCUCUUCCUUGUUGGACUACAUUGUUCUUUGGCAAAUGGAAAGGUUAGUUUGCAUCUCCAAUCUUUUCAUGGUAAAAAUGGGGGGGGGUAUUUUUGUUUUUACCACAGUGAAGAGUCUCUGUGGCCACUUAAUAUUGAAGGCAUAGCUAUCAAGAGCCAUUGAGCUGGCAACUCUGCAAUUAGUUAAGCGAUGGGAGCAUAUGUUGAAGCUAUUCACAAGAAGGGAUCAUAGGAACAAGGUGCAAGAACAUGAUCAUGAAAAAUCGCUUUAAAUAUAGGGCGCGCAUGUCAACAUGUAUUCCAUUUGAGAGUUUUUGGUGGGUUUUUUUUGUAUUUCCAACACCCAAUGGGAAUUUUAAACAUAGAAUUGCUUCAUGCUACCAGGGGGUUCAUAGGAAUUCAUUUUUGCAACAGCUAUCAUCUGUUACCCCACAAAAAACCAACGGCUCAGCUGUCACUUCCUCACUUAAGUCAUAUUUCAAAUUUUAGUUCAAACUAACAUUUGAAAAAAAUGCAUUUUUUAAAAAUGUGACAAUGUUGCAGCUGAUACCUUUAUAAAUAUUUUAUGUUGGAAUGUCAAAAUUAAUUGUAAAAUUGGCACUAUAGGGGGAAAAUGACACAUAAAUCUUUCUUACAGGAUUAGGGAUUUUUUAAUGGCAUUACCAAUUUUACAGGAUCUUUGUAAUAGCUAGGAAGACUGUCAUCAUCUGAAUCUCGGUGUAGCAUUUGAAAUGGCAAACCCCUCAUUCAGUUUACAAAGCUUUCCUGUCAGUUCUGAAUGGAGACCAGGAAGAAGUGAUGGCAUACCAAAAUGGCCAGAAAGUAGCUAGUAGCCUUGGUUCAUCUUUUUCAUCACAACUGACCUUGUGAAAGUGACUUCGUAUCUGAUGCCCAGGAUCUCAAAGCCAAUUCACCAGAUCUUCAAUGAGGACUGCACGUGAAAGCACUGUUUGAAAAUAAUUCAGAAAAAGUGCUUUGAGCCUCUUGUUAGAAGGAGCCCAGUACCUGCUAUUUGUUAAAGAAGCUGCCAUUUUUCAGGCUUCUUUGUGGGCCUGCAAAAAAAAUCAUGACAGUCUGAAGAAAUCCAUGCAUUAAUGUUAAUGAGACAAAGCAGGUGAAAUUUUUCUUCAGCUUUACUUGAGUAUGAAGGAGCAGAAAGGUGCUGGGCUUGUGAUUGUGUGAGGUCAGAAAAGUUCUGAGCCCAGGCCUACCAAAUAUUUUUGUCUUGAAUGGAAGUGGCAACUAAGUCCCAUACCUGGUGUAUGACAAUAUCUCUUCUCUUUAAAAGGGAAUAAACAAACCUUUCCACUUUAAGUGCAUUUUUUUCUUCUUCUUUUUUCUUCUAUUUUUUAAAUGGGUUGAAGGAAAGAAAGAACAGAAGAGGUUAAAUAUGCUGUAGGAUAUGGAAUUGUUCUUUAUUAUGGAUCCUUGAAAGAAUUUUGGAAGCAUCAGAAGUGGGGAGAAUCAAAUACUAUGAAGUGACAACCUCAACUGAGGCCAUCAUCUUGACCCCCUACAGACCUCUGUAUUUUUCUGUAUAAUUUCCAUAAUAAAGAAUUUAAACAUGACAUAUGUAGCUAUAGUAUAGGUAAAUUAUAUUUUUUGUUGGAAUUUGAAGGAGAACUUUGACUGCCAAGACAACUUUGAAUUGUCAUCGCUACAUUGCUUUAUGCCAGAGAUCAAAAUGCAACACAGAUUUUUAAAGUGGUAUUCCUCAUCCCAUUUAAGAUUUAUUAUCUGAAGAUUAGGGUGAGAAUAGUUACAGGUUUGGUUUUGGUAUAUGCCUUAACAGAUUUUGAGUCCAGAUAUUAGUGCCUCCUAAGUUAUCCAAAGUAAACUUAAGAAGAUUUGUAACUUUGCCAAAACAAUGUAACACUGCAAAUCAGUUUCUUGGAAAGCUGUGUCUUAAUGAUGAUUAGGAUCCCAGUCUGUCUGAAAUUUGUUCUCAGUAUUUUAUAUUUAAUGGAAGUUGUGCAACAGUGUUUCCCAUUGAAUUCAAUGGGGCUUGUCUUAAGAAAGCUGAUGGAUCAUAUCCAUGCAUAGAAAUGAUCUUAUUAGAGGAGAUAUUCAUAGCUACUGUUUUUCUAAACUUCUUGAAAUCUGCCAUCUCACUCCAGACAUACAGUCCAGACAUACAAAAGAUGAAUAAAUGGACAAGAAGCUUUUCCUUUUUUCUUCAAAAAUAUUUCCAUUGUGAAGAUUAUCUGAACCAAUUUUAUUUUAAUUGUACCAUGGCGGGAUUUUUGUUUUCCUGAUUUCCAGGUUUUAAAGGGAACAGACUUUUUAUGUGAUGUAUCAGUCAAGAAUGACUGCAUGAUUUGCCAAAAAAAAAAUGAUAGGGGGAAAAUGUCUGCAUAUUAAAGAGACAGCUGGGCUUUCACAGCUUUUGGUUGUGAGUGUCAAAUUACUUUUGACGUACAGGUUGACUUCCCCCAUUUGUUUUGGAGUUAUCGCAAAAGACGGAUUAAAUGAUUAAAAGAAUUUUAAUAAGUGUUAAAACAUACAGCAAAAAUAAAAUGUACACCAGGUAUAAAGAUGUGCUCCUCUUCUUGAAACGUUUUUGUAUUUCAAAACAAAAUUUUUAUGCCUGCAGCAACAGUAUCUUCAUUUCACAGGUGGUGAGCACAGCCAGAUCCACAUUCACGGAUGUCUGCAGGUGAGGUCAAAAAAGUCAAGGUUACAGCCACAACCAUAUGAUCGAAUCCCACUUCUUUUUUAUGUGGAAUGGCUGUGACUGCUACCAUUACCUUUGUACCUCUUCCUAAGGCCCUAUUUAGGGAAAAUGGAAUCGUAUAAUUAACAUGGCUUUGGAGCCCCCUCAUAUUGUUGACCUCAAAUUCUGGAACAUAUUGCAAAUGGCUGAUUCCUGUUAUUUAGGCAGAUUCUUGGCUUUUGUAAAUAGCUUUUUAGCCCACAUACCUCAUAUACAUACACCAUAGUUGAUAUUAAAUGUAUAUUUUCGUUCUAUAGCCUUAUUCUAAUUUGGAAAUUCAUUUGCACAUCAUCACAGCCCCUAAUCUGGAGUUUUGUGUUUGCUCUCUGGGCCUUUUAGGUGAAUGAGACAUUAUUCACUUAAAGAUACAGUGUUAACAAAUAUACCAUCUGCUUUGCUCUCAAUAUUGAAUUGAAUUGUCCAGGAAUAAUUCACAAUAACUCGUUUACACAUUGCAAGGCAUGCUUUAUCAGCAGUACAUUUCCAUUUUAGUCUAGUAUAUGGGAAUUCAUUUGAACUGUGAUUAAAUGGCAUUUAAAACAUGGAUAAUCCCAGUGAUUCUUAUUAUGCCUAUAUUCUUGCAAAUGGGUCACUGUCCUUGUAUAUCCUUCAAAGUAAAUCUUGAAUGCAGUUACUACAAUUUUAUAGAUAAUACUCAUGUUUGAACAAGUUCUCUGGAAAUGAAAUAGGAGCUAGUAAGUUUAAAUAGAAAGAUUAAAACAAGAUUUUGAAAGUGCCAGGUAGCAGAAGGAUUCAGCCAUGUGUCCUUCCUUCAACAUACUUGUAAAAUUCAAUUUGUUAGUGAUUUCUUUAUAACAAUAUCUUGAAAACUAGCCUUAUAGGACCUACGUAUUGACCAGAUGGGACUCUUGUACUUUUAAUUCAGCAGUAUUUUAUUACUUAACGCUUGUUCUUAAUAUCCUUCAAAUGCAUGUAUCAUCUAUGAUUUGAGACUGAACCUUUUUGGCAACAGCUAAUGUAUAAUAAUACCCAAUUGACUGCACUAGUUAAAAUUACAGCAUUUUGGCCAUAC